CCCGAAAACACUAUUGAUUUUAAUUUCAUUUCAUUGUAUGUAUAAUGAUAAACGUUCUAAAAGGGGAAAUUGUCCAUUCAAAUAAGGAUGCGACAUAUAAUAUUGUCAUUUUAUACAUUAAUCAAAACGUUUAAAUUUUAACAUAAUUUAACAAAAUGGCUUUAAAUGAAUUACAAUCCUAUUUGCUCUUAAUUCUGUUUUAUGUAAGGCGAAGUUUUGGCGAGUAUGAUAUAUCGAAGCAGACGGCAAAUUGGUCUUAUGCAUUAAAACAAUGUCAUAUAGCAACACCCGAGAUAUUCACUUGUGACAAUGAACAAGGCUGUCUAACUAUAAAUGAUGUACCAAAUGAUUUAAUACGAAACGGAAUAACUGAUGGACUAUGGGUAGGAUUUUACUCGAUUGAGAUGUCACUCAUUCAUGUUGGUUGCGUUGCUAUUACUUCAAGGAAGGAGUACCAGAAAAAUAAAUAUAAAGGUGAUGCUAGCAAGUGCUUCAAAAAAUGCUUGACUUCAGAAUAUAUAGGAAUAUCCAAAAGAUAUUGCGUUUGUUUUGAAGAGCCUUACGGUAAUUCUAUGACGGAUGCGUCAAAUUUCUACAAACAUUGCAGUCAUCCGAUACGUCUUAGGUGUGGAGGGAGCGGUUAUUUAAUUGUUUACCAGUCUGAAAACAAUAUCAACAAAAACGAGAACGAAUCAGCAAACGAGAGAAAGGAGAAUGACGCUUCAACAAACGACAGUCGUGAGGGUUCAGCAGACGACAAUUUUGAUGGUACAGCAGACGACAACCUUGAUAGUACAGCAGAAUAUUGGACAAAUGACACAGAUGAAAAACUACAUGUUGAUAUCAUCUUCAAGUACGAUGAAACGGAGGAAGGGGGUAAUUAUGAAAGAAAGUAUGGCUAUGUCCAGCGUGAUCAUGGACGUUACAUUCUCAAAUUUACAGACGACAAUCUGCAGAUGAAGGCACUGUGCGAAAAGGGUACAGAGUUUCAAAACAAAAGCAAUGACAGAGAGAUAAAGAAGACGAAGAACAAACAAACGACAGAUACCAAUGACUUGAAUACAUCAGAAAACAAUGAUGCAAGUGUCCCCGCCUUAGUAUCUUUAGGUGUACUGGUAGCUAUUGCAGUUGCUGUGGUAACCGUAACAUUCAUAUACAGGCGGUACAAAUUGUCACAUCGGUUUAACAAAAUGCCAGAAACAAAUGAACGAGUAACCACACCUGAAUACAACUAUCCUAACUUCACAUACGAAAUGUCCAGCAAUGUAUCAAACCAAAGUGCGUUGAAUAACGUAGAGUACAAUUAUCCUGACUUUUCAAUGCUAAAUGAUUCCGAGCCUACCACAAAUGAUGACGCAAAAGCUUUUCAAAGCCAAGAAAUUGGACCAGUUGACGCUGAAACACAUGUGUAUAGUACAGCGGGAAAUGAAAACGAAUAUAACACCACAAGUAAAAGACCAGAUGUGCUUCCCAAUGAAACAUAUGAUCAUGCAGACCCAAUGACAAAAGGUGGAUCCAAUACAUUGGGCGAUACAACUUACGACGUAAGUAUGUCAACCGAUGCACAGCUUCAAAAGUUUGGUGAGCAUACAGAUAAUGUUUAUAAUACUGGAAACGACACUUACAAUCAACUGGGUGGUGACAAACCGGAAUUUAAGAAGUCUGAUAACGUGAAUGGAUCUAAUCAAAUUGAGACAUAUAAACGCGUCCCAAAUAUUGGAGAUGAUAAGGAUGGGCCGUACAAUAGUACAUCUGAAAAGUUUGAAAACUGCGGUAUUACUGAUAACCCGUAUUCAGAAUUAGAGGCGCCUUAAUAAUGUAGUUCAUGCACACCUGAAAUUCUUAACUAGUGGCGUGAAAAUAUCUGGUAACUUACAUUAUGAGCGAUUAUUAUUCAGAUCUUUGAUGGAAGCGUGAUUUAUACCAUUCAUAUAUCAUUCAUAUAUCAUUGGAACAUUGUCUAGUCAUCAUAUCGUUUUGUAAUAAGUGUUUACUUAAAUAUAGCAUCCAACAGGAGUUGUCGGUUCUUCAACUAUUUAGUUUGGAAAGUGCAGGCGAGCUAUAUACUAGUACAUUGUAUAACGUUUUCUUUACAAAAUGUAAGUUUGUAUAAACUUACAACGAAUAUAAAAUCAUUUUUUCACUUGAUAAUCUGAUGCCAGACAACACAAGACUAUGGCACAAUCUGCAUUCGGCAGUCCAGUUUCAUAUAAAACGUGUGUAGAUCAAAAAUAUAGAAGUUAAUACGUGAUGAUCGUGAUAAAAUUGGGUAAUUUCACAUUGUUUAGUAUAUUGGACGGGUGCUAGCCGAGAUCAAUAUAGUAUUUGCGUCUCUCUACGACUCCACUACAAUCAGUAUUGUUUUCAACAAAGCGUAAGGACUUCUUUUUUUUCACGUCAUUUAUGUUUUUAAAUUUUGACAGACCUUUGGUAUUGACAGUACAUUAUAGAUAUGAUAUUGAUUAAUUCGGAUCGGAAAAUGAAAACGAGGCAUAGAUAUUUGAUAUGGAUUAUAAUGAAGACUGGAAAUGAGCCUGAAUCCAAGAAUGACUUCUUUUGGAAUAUGCCAUGGUAGGAAACACUGGAAGUUUAUAUGGUGUGUAUAUGGUGUACAAUAUUUACGAGGUCAGCAGUUUCUGAUUAUUAUGUAAAGUGCAUGUUGCAAAUUCCAUGCUGAAAAUGCACUUGAAAUUUAAAGACAACCAGUCCUUAAACUCCAGAAUACUAGUAGUCACUUUAUCCAAGAAAUCCUACCUGUGGCUUUAAUUAGUGUGGAGUUCUAAAUUUAUCAUACGAUAACUCGUUUUUUUACUAGUCCGAAAAUGUAACUCCAGUUACUUCCCCUUAUCUUCUGAAUACGUUUGCAAUCGAUUGACUAUUUUACAGUUUAAAUAAAAAUAGUUAGUUAUAUAGAUAAAAUUUUCACAUCACAACUUUUUCAUUUGUUUUUAUAUAAUAUAUAUACAUGUAUACCUAAGAAAAGUGCCUAGGCGAUUAAUUACAGAUGCUAAAUUAAUUAUUGUCCCCUACCAAACCCUCUCUUAUAUGAUAUGGAAUAAGGCGCAUGAUUUACUACUGGAAUGAUACGACUUAUUUUCUCGUCAACAAAAAUACAAGUACAGGAAAAAACAUUCACAUAAACAGUUUAACCCUUCGGGACAUAUUUUAAAUUUCUUGUUUUGUUGUAAUUUAUUUAUAUUUUGACAAAAUUUUCUUAUAUCUCCAUACACAAAUAUUAGACUGUACAACUGUCUGAUUGGGUAGUUUAACGAAACUUGAUAUCGUGGAACUGGGCUAAAAUUAAAUAGCCCGUAAACAUAAAGGGG